CAAAAGCAAGAACGUGCGACCAAGUUGUUCAUUUUAUUUAUUUAAGAUCAAGGGUUAAAGUUAUUUAUAUUAACACAAAAAUAGAAAUGAUAUACAUAAAUACAAACAUUGGUAUGUUCCUACCUACAGUUCAUAAAUUAUCCGACGUAACACAAUUUCUUUUACCUAAAAGUUAUCUGUUAAAAGUUAAGCAAAGGAAUUUUCUUUGAAACGUCCAUUGCACAUUCUAAAACAAUGUCCUCGGCACAUGCCUGCAAAGACGUUUCCAUGGUAACCAGUUAAAUUUGUAAUCAAUACAAAAUAAACAACUUGAAAUAUUAUCCAAUUUCACUUGACCUAGAAAUCUCAAAGAAACAAUUUUUUUUUUCGCAUGCAAAUUCAGUUUAAAGCUGAAAGUGUUCGUUCUUUAGUUCAACAUGUCCACGACAUCAGGUAAAAAUAAAACUUCCAAUCGGGAUGUGCACCUCCGUUACUUGGACAUGUUGGAAACAAUUGCAGACACUUGCUGUGAAAUUUGUCAAUGUGAUUGCUACAGUUCUCACAGUGCGCUUAAUACAGAAAACUGUCUAGAAGCAGGACCUUCAUCAGUACGAUUACAACCAUCAAUAAGCAGUAAAUCGAAUAGUAAAAAGGCUUCUCAGAAAAGAAACACAAAAUCAAACGGCACUAAACUCAAACGAUCCAAGAGUGCCUCUUCCUUUUACACCAAAGACUGUAAAAUCCUGAAGGAACUCAAUUUCAAUGAAAAGCUUCCUCGUCUAAAGGACUCAUCACGAUUUCCACGAUGGUCUAGUACGGAAUCUAUAGACCUUUGUGAACCAAUGCGAAAUCUCUGCCUCUCACCUACAAUAUCCAAGGCCUUCGAAAAAAUUCCUCUCUGUGAUAAGAAAAUUCUCAAUCGAAUGGCUAAGAAACGUGGUGAAAAAAUUAUAGAUAAUGAAAAUGCUUGGUUGGCACAGAAGUUCUGGGAAAACGAACAAUACGAAAGGGAACUUUUGAAAUGUGAGCAAACGGAGGAGUUCAAGAAGGCUAUCAAAAACAAACAAUUUCAAGACUAUCAGCUAACCAAGGCCAGACUUAAUGAAAUUGCUCAGCGUGACAUGGACGAAUUGCAACGACUCCGAGCUAGUUUGCGAGAAAAAGACAAAAAAGCUAAAUGACGUUUAAAAUUGGUUCAGGUUGAGAAGGAUGUGUUACAAGCUCAACGCCGAAACAACGAGUUGAGAAAGAGUGAAGCAGUUUCCAUUGUCCAAGAGGAACAAACGUUGGACGAGCAACUUCGCAAAUGCGAAAUAAGCCACAAACUCGAAGAGCAACUUCAACGAGCUGAUAAAAUUCGUCAUCAUAUGCUUGAUAGUUAUUUGAGACGGUUGCGUUACGAUAAUUACAUUGAACAGCUUGUUCAUGAGGAAAAUUUUCGUGAAACCCAGGAAUUCGAGAAUAUGAGAAAGGCUCAACUGAAGCAACUUAUCUCACAGAAAAAUGAUAAAACGGAACGUUUUAUUGAAAAUAAACGAAAACAAAAUAAUGCAAUGAAAGAAACAGCCAAAAUAUCUGCAAGUUUGAGGGAGUUAAUUCGAGCUUCGGUAACACCGGAUGGUGUUAACAAACGUGAUGCUAAGGAUCAAUUUGUCCGAUCUAUGUCAAAUAUGUCUUUUCACAAAUUUACUGGGCCAAGUUAUCUGAGUGAAUACAAAUAAA